AUGUCCAACCGAGCUCGGCGCAUUGCGAAGGAGAUCGCCGAGAUCCAGAACGAUAAGCUGUCACAGAUAGUAGCUGAGCCAGCAGGGGCUGGCGACGACCUCACGCAUCUUCGAGGCUCAUUUCCUGGACCGCCAGACACACCAUACGAGGGCGGCAUGUACUAUGUAGACAUCAAGAUUGCUAGCGACUACCCCUUUCGGCCACCGAACAUGCGCUUCGAGACCAAGAUUUGGCAUCCAAAUGUCAGCUCGGUGACGGGCGCCAUCUGCCUGGACACUCUCAGCACACAGUGGUCGCCGGUCCUCACCAUCAAGUCUGCCCUUAUCUCGCUCCAGUCUCUGCUCAGCACACCAGAGCCCAAGGACCCGCAAGAUCACGAGGUAGCUAGCAUGCUGAUACGGAACCCUUCCGAGUUCGAGCACGUCGCCCGCGAGUGGGCCGUCAAGUACGCAGGUGCACCCAAGAGGGAGAUUGCAGAAGGUAGCGGCGGUGCCACAGCAGAGUCUCUCAGGAAGAAGUCACAGGAUGCGAAGGCAAAUGAACAGAAGGUCGCGCUUGCUGCAUACCACGGCUACAACAAGGAUCUCGUAGACCGCUUCGUGGCCAUGGGUUUCGAUGUUGAGGCUGUCGUCUCUGCUUUCGAAUAUGUCGGCAUCGACCGUAACGGUGGAGAGGAUUACGAGCUUGAAGAGGCAUACAUGGGCGACAUCACUGCACGACUUUUCGGAGAAGCAUAA